UAGGAGGAGAAUUAUCUCCUCCUGAACAAUUCGAUAGAAAGAAACUUGAGACUAACCAGAAUAAAGGGCGCUGCAGACCUGGUCAAACCCACGAGCUUGCUGUCAACAUUGAAUUUAUGAGUGGACUGGAGAAAAGGUACCGAGCUGAGCAACUUCGUUGCAUGUUUUUCGGUGAUAUAAAACUGAUGUUCAAGACCAUUGGCUCUGCUAUCUCAGCUCCAAGUUAUUCAGAGAUAUUGGCCAGAUUCACCACGAAUCCUAAUAAUUCUGAUUUCCAAUGGCUCGUAAAUCAUAUCGAUACCGAGAAAAAUGUUGGGAAAAUGGCACUCUGCCUCUCUGCGGCUCGCCUCUUUGAUUCUUCUUCCACAUUGGAUACAAUGAUAGCGCUAGGAACUGGGUGGUUCUUUUCUGGAAUGAUUAUGGUACAUCUGUAUGUCCCUAAUUUUCCUCUGGACCCCCAAGCAGUCGCCUUCAGUCAGUAUCAACGAGUCGAGACUCGAAUUGAAGAUCUAGAGGAGGAGUUAUUCCUUCAUCGACAAAUGGAGCUCAUACGAUCAGGUGGCUCAGACAGUCCCCUAAUCUCCCAGAUGAGUCGCCAUGUCGAGGAACUGAGGCAAGGCCUCAGUCCACAGCGCCCAGUAUUACCUGAAACGAGAGAAGAAGCAGUGCUCAGGGCACUUUCCACUGAACUCGUUCAGUUUCAUGACCAAUUCGUUGAUUUCGAACAUAUGAGCGGGCUGAUUGCACAACUCAGAAACCAUGACCCGAAAGGGGCUAUGACUGAGAAAAUGAUCCAGGAAUCGUGGCGCUCUUUCAUCGAAAGAAUUCGCGAAAAUUAUCCCGAUUUCGGAGAUAUCAUUGACCCCUUUGUUACUUGGGUCAAUAGGAUGCGGCUGGGUUUGAGCCUUCUUCGUCACAGUUCCAAACCACCUUCCGAUAUGGAGACCCGAUCUUCUUUACUCUGUGAGGCAAUUACAUCUUUUCCUUGGUCCGUAGGAGCUAGAGUAUUAUCCCAUGGUGAUAUUCAGCCACCCUUACAAAUAACUCCGAUCGAAUGGGCAAGCAUCCGUCUUUAUUCCUCUCUCAUGGGAAUACACAAAGGAGAUCCUCUGGAACUCCAUAGAAGCUGUAUAUCAAGAUCAUUCGAGCAGUUAUUCGGGUGUUGGCUCCUAGAAAGAAACAAGAGGGAAGAGGAGGCUAAGGACAAGGCGUCUAUCUAUAAAAGCCGGAAGGAAGUUUCAACGGUCCUCAGUGAUCAAGAAAUAGAAGCGGCCGAAUUCCUCGAGUUAUUCCCAGAGUAUGGAGAUGUGAUGGAAGAAAGCGAGAAUGGAAUUCAACAGUCUGCAUUAUCCAGUAAACCAGUGUCCCCCUAUCGAAUGUUCCUCCAACUCCCUUUCCUCGAUACAUCAAGUUCACGUGGUCCCGAUGAGAUGUUCCGGGCCACUCUAAUGAAUGCCGUCAACAAAAUGCAAGAAGGAUUAGAUACCAGGCUAGACGAAGAGACGAUCCAAUUUCGACUCGGAUCUAUUCAUGAAGCACUUCAGAGUCUCAAUACGGUACCAUCUCCUUCUCAAAGAUACAACUUUUAUCUCGACAGUAAUGUCCCCCAGCUGGUCAAGGCUCUGGAGGUGGUCUCACGUCUCUGUGAUCGCUUGAUGCAGCUCACAGAAAAGUGGUCAGAACACAUGGUCCUGCAGCAUUUACUGGAACGCUGUCAAACAAUUAAGAAGAUCGACCUAUAUUCAAGCGUUGCGAAGAUGCUUUCAGCGAUAGAACAACUUCUUCUCGUAACAGAAGAUUGGCAAAAAUUCGCCGAUAGAGAGAAUAGUAUCUUAGUACAUCAAACCGAUCUCAGCAAUCUAAUUGUAGAAUGGAGGCGCAUGGAGCUCGUAUGCUGGACCCAUUUACUGGAUAACGAAGCAUCCUCCUUCUCAAAUGACCUUUUUGAUUGGUGGUUUCGUAUUUAUGAAAUCAUCGUGCAUACAACUCGUCAAAAGAUGGACACGGCUACAGAGCAGACGACUUUCUUUGAGAAACUCCUUCCUCUGCUCGAAAGAUUUUUGCUAUCGUCGCCGAUAGGCCAAUAUUCCUCUCGCCUUCAUCUUCUCGCCAUGUUCGAGAGAUAUUUAACGAUAAUUGUAUGCACACCUACUACAUGCACACCGUUUGAGAGGCGUUUAUCGAUUAUUGUCGGAGCAGUUGUGGCUAUUCAUCAAAAGUUCCAACCAACAGUCGAGUCUACGUUAAAGUCUCGACGAGAGGUGAUUGAUAAGGAGAUCAAGACCUUUGUUCAGAUUGCCAGCUGGAAAGACAUUAACGUACUCGCUCUCAAAGCUAGCGCUCAGCGUACACAUCACCAGCUUCACAAGUCGAUCAGAAAGUUCCGCGGUAUUCUUGCGGAACCUGUUGCACCCCUUAUUUCAGCCUGGAUCGUGGAGACUCCUUUCUCCAAACUCCCACUAGCGCAGUUACCACAGAUAGGCCAUCCCGAUAUAGUGCCAGAACUGGGACCAGAGAUACACCUACCCAAACACUUGAGAGAUUUAAAUCAUACCCUUCGUCUCUUCCACGCUACAACAUGCGAUACUUCGAAGCCAUCAUUCUCUUUACCCUCAAAGGAAGUUGAAGAGUUUUCCAGCCUCAUCCUUACUACCAUUACCCAAUUUCAAAACGAUAAAGUACCCCCUGAUGUCAAGAAUAAAAAAGGG